UAGAUUGUUUUGUUUAAAAUUCCAUUGCUCUUUGCUACUCUCGGUCAAUGCAGCUAACGUUGAUGUGAACAUGCACGAUCGUCUACUUCCUGGUGAUAGCGAUCGCGAUGCGCAUCAGACCAACACUCUAGCUGGCUCGAUUCCAUGUCGAUCCGAGCUGCAGUAGCCAGUCCAGUCCAUCGAGAACAGUAAGCCAGUUAAGUCCAUUAAGCUGCAUCCAGAUUCGUUGAAGAUGCGAUUCCGCCAUGCAGGCCUACUCGUGACCCUAACCCUAAUCGCAAACAUAUCGGCGAAUCCAGAGCAGUGCGUGUGUCAUCAUUUUAACCGAUGCAUCAUACUCAACGCGAACAGUUCCACACUGAGAGACACCGAGAUGCAUUGUCCUGCGAAAAUUCAGAACAUGGAAUACAUCUUGAUCGUGAACUUCAUGGAAAAAAGCCUACCGCUGGAUACGCUGGAUGGAUACACAAAUCUGAAUUCAGCAGAGUUUUGGCAAGGAUCGAUUCAACACAUCCAGCCCGGAGCAUUCGAAAAGCUGUCAAAUCUCACCAAGCUUCAGAUACGAAGAAAUAACAUCAGAACGCUCGAGAAUAAUACCUUCCGGGGGCUGGAUGCGUUGGAGAUACUUGAUAUGCACUGUAAUAGCUUGACCAGCAUCGCACCGUACGCUUUCGAUGGUCUGAAGAAGCUCGCUCAACUAACGCUAUCGUGCAAUCAGCUCACCGAACUACCACCGACGGUUUUCAGCACAUUAACUACGCUGAAGUCGUUAUUCUUGCAAGAAAACUUGCUCACUCACCUUCCUGAUAGUUUGUUUGACAACAAAGAGCUAUACGGGGUGCAUUUAGCUCACAAUCGGCUGGAGUCGUUUAACUUCCCGCACCUAAAGGUGACGAAGUUAUACCUGCACAACAACUCGCUCACCAGUCUCAAUGUAAACGAUCACGUAAAGCUUUUGCAGGCGCAUUGCAACCGCAUUCGAACGAUAGAGGGUACAGGUCGCUCACUAUCUGAAAUAUGGCUAAAGGACAAUGCCAUCUCGGAUGUAACGUCUAUUGUGCGCCUCACCAACCUCAAAAUGCUUAUUCUCAGCAAUAACCCUCUGCAACCGAAUAGCGUUUUCAGUUCCUUGACGAAUCUGGAAGGAUUGCUGCUGAGGAACACCAGCAUCCAAAUCAGCGAGAGUACGUUUGCCAACCUUAGCUCGAUGACGCUACUGGAUCUGUCCUACAACAAUCUGACGCAGCUAGAUUUCCGCAUGUUCUCCUCCAUGACCGAGCUCGAAACUCUGAUCGUGGCCCACAACCGCAUACAGAUGAUCAACUUUAUCGAGCUGCGUGAAUUCCUACCCAAGCUGCGUAUAUUUGAAAUCUGUAACAAUGGCUGGAAUACAACGUACAACAACCGUAUACUUCUACGUAUGAAGCACCACAAGCUGUUGAAUAAUUGGCAAUCGCUCCCGACUCUACUCCUCCGAGGGCUUUUCGUCGAUCUCUGCACUACCAAAACAAACGCUACCAGUGCUUCUAUCGAGGAGAGUGACUACUCAUCGGAAGAUGUUAGCGACACACUGGAACAGCAGUUUGAUGAAUAUUAUCCUACAUCUUCUCCAACUCCAGCAAGUUCACAAACGUCUAAACCUAUCCAUACAUCCAGCACGACAAAAACAAGAACAACUCCACCCAAGAAGGAGAGCGCUAUGGUACCUACUGUUGCCGUUAUUUUGAACACUGCGGUUGACGUAGUGCCCGGUGAUCAGCAACUGUUGGUAAACUACUCUCCACUCUUCAUCGCGUUCCAGGUGGCAAUGUGCACGUUGAGUAUAGCGUGCCUCGCAGUGUUGGGUUAUUAUGUGCACCAGAAACGUUUAUAUGUUCGUGGGAUAGCACCAGUCGAUGCAACUGCUGACUCGGUACCACUUGUGUUGACUCAAAAUUAUCAAGCCACCACAAUGCACCAGCCUAGUCGCGAGUCUUAUCCUGGAUGUCCUCAUUUCAAACCAGGCGAACUAUUUUGCAUUUGUCCUUUAAGAGCAAAAUGCUUUUUCACGAACAUGUCUGUAGUGAAAAACGAACUACAACUCCAAAACAGCCCGGAUCGUUCGAAAUGCUGUCAAAUCUCACCAAGCUUGAGAUCAGAAAAAAACAACAUCAGCUCGCUUGAGGACCACACCUACCGAGUACUGGGAGCUUUGAAUAAACUCGAUCUGUACUCGAACAAUUUGACAACCAUCGUGCCGAACGCUUUUGAUGGGCUCAAGAGUCUCACCCGUCUCACACAAUUGGGAAAUAAGUUCACUCAGUUACCAGCAAAACUGUUCAGCUCAUCGCCGAAGCUGAAAUCAAUUUUAUUAAGCUACAACUCGCUCACUCACCUUCCGGACGGAUUCUUCGACAACAUCGAUUUCCUGCUCCGUUUGGACAUAACGCACAAUCGGCUGGAGUCGUUUAACUUCCCGCACCUAAAGGUAAUGAAGUUAUACCUGCAGAACAACUCACUCACCAGUCUCCAUAUCAACGAUCAUAUGAAGGUUGUGCAAGCGAAUCACAACCGUAUUCGAACGAUACAAGGUACAGGCAUGACAUUUUAAACGUAAACCUCAACGCGCAUGAAAAACAUGGCAAAUCUUAUACUGAACAGCAACCCUCUGGAAGCGAACAGUACUUUCUCUUCUUUGCUGUACGUGGCAUCAAGCAUCCAAAUCACGGAAAAUACGUUUGCCAACCUCAGAUCGAUGACGCUACUGGAUCUGUCCCAUAACAAUCUGACACAGUUAGAUUUUCGCAUGUUCUCCUCCGUGAUCGAGCUCGAAUCACUGAUCGUUGCGCUCAACCGCAUACAGACGAUCGGACCGAACUGCGAGAGUGCCUAUCCGAGCUUCUUGUGUUGGAGGUCUUCGGCAUUCCCUGGAAUGCCACCAAUAUGGAGCACAUACGUGUUCAAAUGCAACAACACAAGCUGUGGCUGUGGCAAGAGCUCCCGCGAACUUCAAUCUUCACUCACGUACCAUAUUACAUCGAUAUAUGCUCUAAAAGGCCUGGAACAAUUUUACUGAAAUUCAACGAUUACGCAGACCGAGACGAAAUCAAUCUGCUGGAACAGGAAUUUGCCGAGAAGUAUCCCACAUCUUCUGUGAGUCGAGUUACGGAAAUACGGAAAGUGGUGAACCUAUUAUAGACCACGGACUUGUUCGAGAUUGAGAGCGCUGAGGAACCGACUGGUGCUGCUAGGUUCAACAUUACUGAACGAUAUGAUUCUGAAGAAUCAAACCUUUUACGCAGGAUCAAGGAUGAUAGUCGCAUAGAAUCAGUUUCGGAUCUUGAGUUUGAGUGGCUCUUUUUUGGUAAUUAGAGUGAGGCCUGUUGAAGAACUUAUGCAUUAUCCACUUCAUGAUUGCCAUCAUGGUUUUGAUGUAGCAGGAAUGGAGAUCAUCAUUUCAUCGGACAGAGCGUAUGAUACAUACU